AUGUCGACAAAGAUGACAUCCAACAAUAACAACACCAGUACGUCAACAAACACUAGGGAUGUAAAAAUAUCCUUCAAUUCUAUUGUUCGCCGAUUCAUUGUUCCAAAAGAUAUCACCUGGCAUGAUUUCGAAGACCAAAUUCGUAAACGAUUCUUGAAUCUUUCGCCACAGCCAAUCUUUUUAUCGUAUAAAGAUGAAGAUGGUGAUAUUAUUACAUUGUCGUCCACAGAGGAACUUUCUGAAGUUUUAGCUAGUAAUAAUAGUAGUACUAUUGCUUUUAGCAUGUCUUUUGCUGGGUAUGACCCUAAUACCUCUUGGAUUUUCGAAAGAGGUGAACAGCAACAACAGAGAAGUUCAGCUGAGAGUUCUAUUAGCGAGACGGCAAGUCUUAUUGAUCUUAGCGAAAAUGAAGAACAAGCACAAAGAACUGAAUCAAAAGAAAAUUCAAAUUUAAUCAACGAACAAGAUCAAAGACGACAACAACCAGACCAAGAGAGAACACCAUUUAAUGUUUUUAGCACUGCUGGCAAUAUCACAAACCGAAUCUCGGAUCUAUUUCAAGAAAAUUUCGACGAAUGGAUUUUAUUUUCAGGAUUUGGCCAAGAAAUCACGCUUCGCAUUGCGUGUGGUUCAAACAAUACCCAAUCACAACAACAAUCAAACGAAAGUGGUUCUGUUCCCUUAACUGACGGCAACAUUCCUUUGCCUCCUCACCCUCCGACUGAUCCACCACACAGACGUCCACCAGGAUCUUUCAGGUCACCUCAUGGUCAUGCACCUACUCGAUUCUCUUUCUUGUUAACAAAAGCUAUUUUCGCUAUCAUCGCUUUGAUUCUUAUUAUUGCCGUCAUCAAAUUAAUCUUUUCUGUUGUUUUUCCUGUACUUAUUAUUCUUUUUCUCGGAAAACUCAUACACCGUAUUCAUGGUCGCGGCGGACGGCAUCGUGACCCACUAGGUCGUCAUGGGUUUAGUUGGGGAAAUCAUCAUCAUCGCCGUCAUGGUCAUCCGCCACCACCACCUUGGUGGUAA